GCCUUUGUCUUCACAUGGAUGGAGACGGGAGCCAGGGAGAGUCUCCAGAGUGAGUGACCUGGAACACAGGGGAAGGUCUUGGCACCGGCCUUGGAAGGGAGAUACCAAUUACUGUUGACGAGGAGGAAUUCUACAUCAGCUUGACUAUUUUUAUAAGUGGAUUUUAAUCAGAGCCAAAAAUACUUUUCUCCACAAAGCCAAAAAGGAAUCUCCCCCAUGUCUGCAGGGUUCUGCUCUUAUCUUGGGAGCUUCCCCUGUCUCUGCUUUAUUUUUAUUGGCCUCUAAAUUGAUGCGAUCAUAUAUUUCCUAGAUCUGGAGUUGGAUUGUUUCUGCUUCCCACAAGCGUGCUUGCAAGGACACCCCUCAAGAGCCUUGUUCCAGGGUGUCCUGCUGUCUUUGUGUAGUUGGCAUUGGCCACUUGACCUGUGAUGAUGAAGACAUUGAUCUUCCUCUGGCUGGCUAGCCUGCUUGGGCUUUUGAAAGGAUGUCAGUUGCCCCAUGACUGGAGACCGCAGACAGAAGCCUGCAGAGCGGAGUUGGUGGAGACUGUGGUGUUUGCCAAGGUCUUGGCUUUGCACAAAGACAGCUACAGUGUGUACAACUACUUACCUUGGCAGUAUAACUCGGACCUGUUCUUCUCUGCUGAGAUAGAGCUGCUGUGUGACCAGGCAUGGGGCAGUAUGUUGGAGGUACCCGCCGGCUCCAGGCUGAAUGUCACAGGACUGGGAUACUUCCCCUGCCAUUCCUAUACUGUUAUGGAGAACAAUUCCUAUUACUUCUUCCUAAGGAAAAUUACAAUGGAAAACAGCAUUUAAUGGCAGGGUGACACAGUAGCAAUCAUUUUGUCCUUCUUGUAAAUAAAAAAAUGAAUUAAAAAUG